AGAUGGACGCCCCGCCUGGUGCUGGGAGAGGUCUGGUCCCUGUCACCUUCCUCUUGGGCUGCUCCUUGCUCCUGUGCUCAGGGGCACGGCUCCCACCAUCGUAUCCCCCCAACAGGCUGUGGACGCGGGAUGCCCCACAGGACCCCGCCGACCCCGCCAGCCGACCCCCAGCUUGGGACCUGCAGCUGCCAUCCAUCAGCCUGCAGGACUGGAGCCUCCGAAUGCUGUCCGGAGAGGGGCGAAGCAGGAAGUCCCGCCUCUGGAGCGGGCCAAGCCAGGAAGUCCCGCCUGCGGAGCUGGCCCCAGGCUGGGGUGGGAAGAGGAGCAUCGUGGUGGCGGACGACGCGGCUUUCCGGGAGCGGAGCAAGAUGCUGACGGCCAUGGAGCGCCAGAAAUGGCUCAACUCCUACAUGCAGAAACUGCUGGUGGUGAACCCCGACUGAGGGGGGGUCCCGCC